UAGGCCUUUUUUUGUGUCCUGUUUGUUAAAGGCAUGCAGGCUACAGCCUUCAAGAGGGCCAUUACUUAACAAAGGGAAAGAGAUAAAUGUGGAAAAGCUGAGAUUUUCAGAAUGAGCGGUUUGCUGUAAGAAACCGUAGCAGCCCAGAGUCUGCUGCUUUGGGCUGAGCUAACCUUUCCCCGUAAAAAGAAGAAGAAUGGAUUAAAAGUGCGAGUUAUCCGUUUACAAGUUUUAUUAACUAAUAGUCUACAGGCAUGAGCACACUCUCGCAGUCUAGCACACUCAUUCUUGUGGAGGAAAACAUUUCCUACAACUCCCUAGUCAAAGAGUGGUGAACCCUGCAGCAAGCAGGUCUUCUGAAAAAAAUCCAUGGGUGACAGAAGAUUCAUUGAUUUUCAAUUCCAAGAUUUAAAUUCAAGCUUCAGAUCUAGAUUGGGCAGUGCUACUGCCAAUAAUACAUGCAUUGUUGAUGAUUCCUUCAAGUAUAAUCUGAAUGGUGCUGUCUACAGUGUUGUAUUCAUCCUGGGUCUGAUAACCAACAGUGCCUCUCUGUUUGUCUUCUGCUUCCGCAUGAAAAUGAGAAGUGAGACUGCUAUUUUUAUCACCAAUCUAGCCCUCUCCGACUUGCUCUUUGUCUGUACUCUACCUUUCAAAAUAUUUUACAAUUUCAACCGCCAUUGGCCUUUUGGUGACACUCUCUGCAAGAUCUCUGGGACUGCAUUUCUCACCAAUAUCUAUGGGAGCAUGCUCUUCCUCACCUGUAUUAGUGUGGAUCGUUUCCUAGCCAUUGUCUAUCCCUUCCGAUCUCGUACCAUUAGGACCAGAAAGAACUCUGCCAUUGUGUGUGCUGGUGUAUGGAUCUUGGUCCUCAGUGGAGGUAUUUCAGCCUCUUUGUUCUCCACCACUAAUGUCAACAAUGCAACCACUACCUGUUUUGAGGGCUUCUCCAAACGUGUCUGGAAGACUUAUUUGUCCAAGAUCACAAUAUUUAUUGAAGUUGUUGGAUUCAUCAUUCCUCUAAUAUUGAAUAUUUCUUGCUCUUCUGUUGUGUUAAGAACACUUCGCAAGCCUGCUACACUGUCACAAAUUGGGACUAAUAAGAAAAAAGUACUGAAGAUGAUCACAGUGCAUAUGGCAGUCUUUGUGGUAUGUUUUGUACCCUAUAACUCUGUCCUUUUCUUGUAUGCCCUGGUGCGUUCCCAAGCCAUUACUAAUUGCUUGUUGGAAAGAUUUUCAAAAAUUAUGUACCCAAUUACCUUGUGCCUUGCAACUCUGAAUUGCUGCUUCGACCCUUUCAUCUAUUACUUCACCCUUGAGUCCUUUCAGAAGUCCUUCUACAUCAAUACUCAUAUCAGGAUGGAAUCGCUGUUUAAGAUCGAGACACCUCUGACCACAAAACCUUCCCUUCCAGCUAUACAAGAAGAAGUUAGUGAACAAACAAUGCAUAAUGUUGGCGAAUUAAUGCUAGAAUCUACUUUUUAGGUACAGAUAUGUCUUUGGGUUAGGAUAUGAUUUUUCCCCAGUACUAUAAAGUUUGAAGCUAGUGGUAUAGAAGAUAAAUUAAUGUAUUGAAUGCAAUAAGAUACAUAAAUUGUACAUAUGCUAUUUUGUCCAAUAAUUAUAGGUCAGGUCCAAUUACAGAAAACAAAAAGGAUUGGCAAAUUAUCUGCUGUGUUGAAAUUUCAUUGUAUCACAUUAUGUGAGUCCAGUGGCAUUGACUUUAAGUGAUAUGGGGAUUAUUUUAAACUUUAAAAAAUGUAUUCACUUUUUGAUGAUAUUUGUUUAUUGGGCCGAGUCUAUAAAUAUAGAAAAACUUCAGGGAUUAGUUUAAAAAAACUGGCGUAACUACUGAUAUAUGCUAGUCUUUAAUUUUCAUUUUUGAAUUGUCAUUGAAUUUAUUUUAAAACAGUAACAUAUUUUCUAACAUUAAUAAUAAAUUUAAUAGCAGGCAAAACAUUGCAUAUAUUUUGGGAACAGAAAAAAUGUGUUUUGAUGAAUAUGAAUCAGGAAAAAUAGAAAAUUAACUGAACUUACACACUUGAAGUAACCAGCAGUUUGAGAUUUUAGAAAUUUCACCUUUUUCCCACUACAUUAACAUUUUUGUAUGGAACCUCAAAGGCAGAAAACUACUAAAUAUGUGCAUGUCAUAUGCAAACUGGAAAAUAAAAUCCAGCAGUAAAGUAUUCAUAAAAUAAAUAACAUUCUUUUUAUUAGACUUACCACUAUAAUUUAAAGAUUGCUUUCUAUGAAACAUAUAUUUUAUAUAUGAAACUUCAGGAGCAAUUUGAAAAAAACUUAAUCACAAAAUAAUAGCCCCAAAUCAAUAAAACAUCCCCAAACUUUCCUAUAAUUUGUAUUAAUUCAUUUUGGAGGGUAAAGAUGUAUACUUUUUAUUACUUAAUCAUUCAUACUAAAUUUUGGAGUGCACUAUAGCCAGAUUGAUGCUAAAUUUAUGCCUAGAUCAGGAUCAUACUGAUCACCAAACUAAACUGAUAUAAUUUACCAUAACAACAUAAGAACAGUAGAACAUAUAAAAACAAAAGUAUAACUCUUACACAAAUAAAAUUUUUAUUUUUGAGGAUUUUUAAAUGUAAAAAUAUUGUCAUUUGUUUGAUAUUGUUGAACACAAUAUAGCUAGAAGUCUGCUAAAUCUGUGCCCUGAUCAGGACUAAACUGGAAAACAAAAUAAGCAUUGAAAAGCAAAAUAAACAAAUAAAUACAUAAAUAAACAAACAAAAUUAGAACCUCAACCACAUUAAAAUCUAGAACUUAAAUUUUUAGUACCUAUAAAAUUUACAAAAGAAUAUGUAUUUGAUGUUUUGAACUAAAGUGUAGCCAGGAAGCUCUAAACUGGUGCCUAGGGGCCAGAGAGACAGUACAGGAGGCAAAUAUUUGCACUUGGCAACCUGGUUGUCACCUCAUAUGGUCCCCUGAGUACCACCAGGAAUGAUUCCUGAGCAGAAAGCCAGGAGUAAGCCCUGAGCACCAUCAUGUGUGGCCCACAAGCAAAGCAAAACAACAUUUAAAUAAUACCUGGCGCCUAGUUCAGAGACAAUUAAAAUCAAUAUUUAAUAUAGGGAUAUAAUAAAGGGGAUAGGUGCUUGCUGACCUGGGUUUUAUCUCCAGAGUCACAUAAUGUCCCCUGAAGACUACCAAGUGUGAUCCCUGAGCAUAGAGUCAGAGCACUGCUGGGUGUGGCUCAAAAAUGUAAAAAAAGAAGAGAAAAUAAUAUAACAAACAAGUAGAAUAAUAUUUUGGGGGAGGGGCCACCCCUGAUGGUGCUCAAGGCUUACUCCUGGCUCUGUGAUUAGGGGUCACUCUUGGUGGGGCUUGGGGUACUAUGUGUUGUGUGGAAUAUGUGACUGGGGUCAGCCACAUGCAAAGCAAUCUCCCUAACCAUUGUACUAUCUCUCUGUUCCAACAGUGCAUUUUGUAAAUUACAAACAUGUACAAGGGAGUUAUUAAAAAAUAAAACUGUGAAACAAUGACAAGAAAUGCAAAAGUUUGAAAGUAAUAAAUAUUUCUUAAAUUUUUCAUUAACCUUAUUUUACUUUGUGAUGAUAUAUAGAGUUAAAAUACUAAUAUUUUAAAGAUCCAUGAAUAUAACUUUCAAAAGUGUUAAAUCUGUGCUGUUAGGAACUAAUAAGAAAAAAUUAAUAAAAAAUAGAAUAAUAAUAAAAAUGGAUUAUUUAUAAAGGUAUUACUUUUUCUUUCUGCUCUAAAAUCUUAAAAUUAAUUGUAUUGUCUUGUGUAAGCAGAUUUUAGAUGGAUUAUACAAAACAGUAGACUCAUUUAGAUGUAAUGUUAAAGUUCAGUUGUUAGGCUAUGAUAAAAUUAGUAAAGUUUUAAUAAUGGUUUUGUUUCUUUUGAUAUUCCUUUUAUUGUGAAUGUAAAUUCUAUGUGAACUGAUGUUUGUGCCCAACACUCUUGAAAUUAUAAAAUUUGGGGAUUUUGACACUAAGCCAUUUAAUGUAAUGUUAACCAAAUUGAUAGAAAAUAAACAAGUUUGAUUUUAUGUAAUUUCCAUAUUUAUGUUUAAUGUGUCCAUAUUUCAACUUCUUUUUACUAAUUUUGAUUUUCAUAGCUAAUAUAACUUGCCAAAAAUAAAAAAUUGUCAUAUAAAAAUGUAAUCAACAAAAUGUAGUGUAAAACUAAAUGUACAGUUGACUUUUAUUUUGUAUUUUAAAGUAAAAGCGAUCAUUCAGCUGUAACUACAAUUUGAGUUUUAAAUGUUUAUUAAAUGCAAUAAAAUAUAUUUGAGUUACUUAGCA